AUGCAGUCAGAAGACAAGAACGAAAUCCAGCACCUCCCCGACAUCGGUCGAGCGGACUCUAACGAGGGCGAGAAGGUGGCGCCGUUCGACAACUCGCACAUCCAAAUCCAGUCGGUCGACAAGCUCACUCCCUUCCAAGCGGCAUGGCGGUUCAGGCGGAUUGGCUUCUUCUGCUUCUUGGCUGCGUUCUCCGCCGGGCUUGAUGGGUUCCAGGGUGAGCCCUUUUACGGUUCAAUCGUCGCCAACAAGGGUUUCAUCCAGCAGUUCGCUCCUCCCGGCACGACCGUACUCGACGCCCAAUGGGUAUCCAUCUGGGGAGGCUUGUCGAGCACGUUCCAAUGCCUCGCUCAAAUCGCGAUGGUCUUCUUGACCGACCGCUUUGGCCGUCGGCCUGCCUUGUGGCUGACCUGGGUCCUCCUCUGCUCUUCCGUCCUCGCCGAAUCACUCGUCACUACCAAUGUCGGAUGGAUGGGCGCCAAAAUCCUUGCUGGCGCAGGUAUCGGGGCCAUGCAGGCUACUCUUCCCCUCUACAUCAAUGAGCUCUCCCCCACCCAGAUCCGCGGCUUCUUUACCGAGGCGUACACCUUCUGGUACGUCUCCGGACAGUUGAUGUCGGCCGUCACGCUCCAGCGACUCGGCGUCACCAACCCCUACGACUUCCGUCUCGCCAUCUACACCCAGUGGGGCAUGAUCGGCGGUCUGGCCAUCAUCUACCUCGUCCUCCCCGAGUCUCCCUGGUGGCUCGUCCAGCACGACAAGAUCGACAAGGCCCGCAAGUCCCUCGGUCGGCUCAAGCGCGGCGUUCCCGACUACGACGUCGAGGUCGAGCUCGCCGUCAUGCGCAACACCAUCGACGAGCAGCGUGCUCGCGCCCAGCAGACCGGACCUAUCCCUCUCAAGAUGAUCUUCCGCGGCCUCAACGGGAAACGCCUCAUUAUCGCCCUCUGGCCCAAGCUGUGUCAACAAUUUGUCGGUCUGUCAGUCUUCAACAACUACGCCACCUACUUCUUCCAGAUUGCAGGCAACAAGGACCCGUUCCUCGUCACCAUCAUCCUCUCGUGCUGUCAGCUCCUCUCAAUGUGCUUCACCAUGGUCCUCGUCGACAACUGGGGUCGGCGUCCUCUCACUGUAUACGGCUACAUGAUCACCACCCUCGCCGACUUUGGUAUGGGCGCCGUCGGGAUGUACGAUGUCGCGGGUAACGAAAAGCUCGGCAGUCUCCUCGUGUUCUUUGCCUGCCUCGCCACCUUCACUACCACCUCCAGUAGCGCCAUCGGAUACGCCUACCUCUCCGAGAUCCCCAAGCAGGACUUCCGAGCCAAGUCGGCUGGGUGGGGUCUGGCCUUCCCGAACUUCUUCAGUAUCAUGUUCUCCUUUGUCACCCCUUAUAUGCUCAAGGGUACCACAUCUGGCUUCCCUGGGUGGGGUGUCAAGACCGGCUUCUUCUUCGGUUGCACCGGUGUCAUCGUCUGCACUGUCAGCUGGUUCAUCAUCCCCGAGACCGCUCGUCGCACACCCGCCGAGAUUGACGAGAUGUUCGAGUCGCGAGUCAAUCUCCGCAAGUUCAAGGGGUACAAGACGGAGGUUCAGCGGGAGUUAGACGAGCAGGAGCACGUCGCUGAGCUGAGGCCUUAG